AGCUCACUCCUCAGUAGUCAGUCCCCACUUCCCUCGUCACGCUGUCUUUUUCCACCCAAUGGAUUCUGUUUUAUCAAAAUGGCUUCUCUUAUUCUUCUUCACCAUUACGCUUACAACGACCACUAAGCUCGCACGUGCUCAACUCCCCGGCACGUGGGAACUUGUGGUCGAGAACGCUGGCAUAGCUUCCAUGCACACAGCUGUCACACGCUUCAACACCGUGGUCCUUCUAGACCGAACCAACAUCGGCCCCUCCCGCAAAAUGCUCCCCAAGGGCCACUGCCGUUUCGACCGCACCGACGCCGUUUUGAAGCGAGACUGUUACGCCCACUCCGUCGUCCUCGACCUCCAAACCAAACUAAUCCGACCGUUAAUGAUUUUGACCGACACGUGGUGCUCAUCGGGCCAGUUUCUCCCAGAUGGUACUCUGUUACAGACGGGCGGGGAUUUGGACGGGUUGAGGAAGAUCCGAAAGUUCGAACCGUGUGAACGCGAUGGGCACUGCAACUGGGUUGAGCUUGAUGACGUGGAGCUAAAGGAUGGUCGGUGGUACGCUUCGAAUCAAAUAUUACCAGACGGGUCGGUGAUUAUUAUCGGUGGGAGAGCAACGAGUACAGUUGAGUACUAUCCGCCGAGAAAAAACGGUGCCGUUGCGCUCCCAUUCCUUGCUGACGUGGAAGAUAGUCAGAUGGACAAUCUGUACCCUUACGUUCAUCUCCUCCCCAACGGUCACCUUUUCAUCUUCGCUAACAACAAAGCAGUGUUGUAUGACCACGAGGCUAACAUGGUCGUGAAGAAUUAUCCACCGUUGGAUGGGGGCCCACGUAACUAUCCAUCGGCUGGAUCAUCCGCCAUGCUGGCACUUGAUGGCGACUACUCAACGGCUGUGAUUGUGGUCUGCGGUGGCGCACAAUACGGUGCGUUUAUUGAGAGGAGCACGGACACACCGGCGCACGGUAGCUGUGGGCGUAUUGUAGCGACAGGACCCGACCCGGUUUGGGAAAUGGAGGAUAUGGCAUUCGGGCGGAUUAUGGGGGAUAUGGUUAUGUUACCCACGGGUGAGGUUUUGAUUAUCAAUGGAGCUCAAGCGGGUACUCAAGGGUUUGAGAUGGGUUCGAACCCGUGUUUGUACCCGCUUCUUUAUCGACCCGACCAACCAGUCGGGUUACGGUUUAUGACUUUGACUCCAGGUACUGUUCCCAGAAUGUACCACUCAACUGCCAACCUGUUACCGGAUGGACGGGUUUUGAUCGCCGGAAGCAAUCCGCAUGUUCUUUACAGAUUCAAUGCUGAGUUCCCGACCGAAUUGCGAAUUGAAGCGUUCUCGCCCGAGUACUUGUCGGCGGAUCGGGCGAAUAUCCGACCCGUGAUUGAGGGAAUUCCUGAAACGGUGCGUUACGGUGAUGUGUUUGAAGUGUCUCUAUCUGUUACAUUACCUGUUGUGGGGAUUGUGGAAGUGAAUUUUGGAAGUGCGCCUUUUGCAACGCAUUCAUUUUCGCAAGGACAAAGGUUGGUUAAAUUAGCCGUUAAAAGUGCCGUACCAGACGGUGAUGGCCGUUAUAAAGUGGGAUGUACGGCGCCGCCAAAUGGGAUGGUUGCUCCGCCGGGUUAUUACAUGGCAUUUGCUGUCAAUCAGGGCGUGCCAAGUGUUGCACGUUGGGUACAGCUGGCAGCAAAAUGAUAUAGUUCCUUUAAAAAAACAAAUUAUUUUAUAUAUAUAUAUAUAUCUAUAUAUAUAGUUUCAUUUUUUUGUUUAAUUGAAAAUAUUUUCUUUUUAUGAAAGUGCAAUUUUAGUUUUCAUUACAAUUGCACACUGGGAAAUUGCAAAUUUGUAACUGGUGAUAAAAGAAAAUGUUGAUGAAGAAAACAUCUAAUGGCUGAUGGGUUUUAGACCA